UGAAGGGUGGAAUAUUGAUAUGAAAUCUACCUUCCCGCGUUCUUCCAGACGAUUUAUUUUAAUCAAUAUGACAGUGUAUUGACCAGCUUUCGAUAGAAAAGGGGAAAGCCUUUGAAUAUUUUCACCAUGCUCAUACUGAUAUGACUGGAUUGAAUUUCGUCUUUCUAAACACCAUAAUAUUUGUGAUGGAUAUGAAUGAAAUAACAAUCGUAUUUCGACCGGGAUGCAGAUCGUACACAAAGCAUUCAGUACUGCCAACGGGUGGUUAUCAAAUUAAUUUGAGAAGUGCAAUUACAAUUUUGUCAGUGAAUGUAUUUCUGCGUCACGAACAUCAUGCAGAUACAGAGAGUCAAUUUCAUUAACUUGCAAGGUGAAUAUCUGGAUUCGGAUGCCACUUCAAAAUGAAUAGGGCAAGGCGGUUCACAAAAUUAUAGCCAAAUUUCAUUAUCCAAAUUUGGAGUUCUGUCUGGUUGUGACGGAUUGCAACGCCUGAUGAACUUGAGAUACUGCUGUUUUCAUCGCUGACUCAAAUAUAUAUAUCUAAACGUGUCUAUACAUAUCCGACGGAACCUAACCUUGCCUCACCAGGCACUCAGCCAAAAUCUUGCGGCAAGCGCCCGGUUGGUUGUUAAGGAAACAACGAGGCCUGCGGGGAUAGUGGGUACAUUCCUACAUUACAUGGUGUGGAUACAGUGCAUUCCUCAAGACAUAACUCUGUUCGGAUUUUGCUCGGAUGUUAUUGAGAUAUUUCCAGAAUCACUGUGAACUGAUAUUUAUUUUUGAUAGGUCAUUUGUCCUAGCUAGCAUGAAACCACUCGGGAAAGAUUGAGCUUCAUGAAAUUGUUUCGUCACAAUUUGGGUCACUUUUGCUUGUUUUGUCAUCACUUCACUGUUGUUUCUAUAGCAACUUGGUAUACUCUGAACUUAACUUCUUAAUAACGAUGCUUUGUUUUCGUGCUAUUGGGCAGAUGAUCGAUUUCAACAGAUUUGAACGGUUUCCAAUGAUGUCCCCUUCUGACUAAAAUUAAAUAGUUGAAAAUGUUUGAACUUGUUCUUCUAACGUUCUCGCCUUUUUGCUAUUCAUAUUCCCAUUGAAUUCGGUAGGCCUGUACCCUUCGCGCCACAUUUUAGCAGGAAGUGCAUCUUAGACAAUUUGAUAAUCUGUAUACACCGUAUUGACUGACACGACACAGUGUGAUUUCAAAUGGUAGCUGCGCGAUAAGUGAUAGCUUCCUGACGGUCAUGAUUACUGACAUACACUGAUAUUGAGCAUGACAGAUCACACAAGGUAAGAUACCUGUAUGUUUAACUAGAGCGAUCCAGUGUGGUUGUAACGGAAUAUAUUUUACCUUGAGAAAACACGGAUAUGAACCACCCAUCAGAAAGUUAUUUUAGUCAGUUUUGUGAACUUGAGGUGCAAGGUCAACAGUGGUAGAAGAUCACCAGAACGGUGCAGGAUCAUAAUAGAGAAACGGAAUACACAGGAAACGUCAGCUGCAGGUUUAAUUAUCUCCUUAAAUUGUGUCUGCCUGUUUUUGUGAACUAAGAAACUGUACAGAUUCUUUGCUCAUCGUGUGCAUGUUUGACUCAAUUCGGGAGAUUUUGAAAAGCAUGCACUGUGAACUUGAAUAAAAAUACUGAAAAACUCACUAACGAAUUGGAUGAAGUGGAGGACUUGAAUAAGACCAUUCUUGUGCACUUAUCUCAUUAAAUUGUGUCUACCUGUGAUGUAAGCUUGAUGAUACAGUCAAAUUGGAAAACCACAUAGACCAUGACGAUUGUCAAAUACUUCUUGAUAUGCACAAACCAUUGUAACUAGAAUGAAAAACACCGAAAACUCAAUAAAGAAGUGCAUGAAGUGGAGAAAACAGCUUCGUUCUAGAUAAAUUAUUUCAAUUAAAGUUUGAAUUAAAGUUUAUCAGUUUCGCAACAGUAAGGUCAGCAGUUCGUGUUUUCACCAGAGGAUUGAGUCAACGAAUGACCUGAAAGUUGAAAUUGUGUAUUCUUCGAUCUAUCGGACGCCUUCCUAUAAGAAUGUGUACAAGAAGUGAAUUUAAUGCCUUUCCGACCUCAUGAGUCAUUGAACUGCCAUUUGUUCCUUAUGAAGGGUGAAGUGAAGGAUAGUGACUCACAGUUCAGCUAAGCCCGAUGUAUUUUCAGAUUCUGUGUUUCACAAUAAGGGGAAAUAACUCAACGCCAGCAAUUCUUUAAUCAUCGCAACGACGUGCACGAUUUUCUCUAUAGCCUUACAUUUUUUGUAACUUGGAUUAUUCAAUUUCAACCUACAGAGUACCUGAAAUAUGUUUGAAACGUGACAUUGGAAUUGUAACGGGAUACAGCUACAGGGCAGGUCUCGUGAAAUUUCCGCGCAUAUUUGGACAGUUUAACAGAGAGAUCAAAAUCGUUGCAAGGAGUAUACUGGCUGCAUCAUGUAGUUUAUAUAUUGAAAUAUGAGUUAUGUGAACAUAAGGGAAGUCUAUGAAGUCCAUAUGGCAGAGCGGUUGAACGACCAAGGAGGAAACAGUUGAUGUGAAGAAAGUUUAUACCGGAUUUGGUGAUAUAAAAGUAAAGACUAUAUUUAUCAGCAUUGUGAAAAUAACCACGAGUACUCAGUGCCUUGUCGUCGUCUGACAUUAAAGCAGAGGGAAUUCUGAGUGAAGUUCACAUACGGCUGACCAAUUCAAGCAAACGGCGAACGAAUUUUUGAGGAAGUUUCAGGUGUUAAUCAGUCUGUGUCAUGUUAAGGACACAGUAGGAAAGAAAACCAAUUGCAGUCAUGGCUUCUAUGACGACCGAAUACUAUCUGGAACUGGACACGCUGGAAGAUGAUGUUCCAUACAAUUCAUCGGACUACGUUACCGGGAUGGUCACACCCUUAUACAUCAGUCUCAUCUUCGUUAUCCAUACUCCGCUGUGGAUACUCACAGUCUUCGGCAACUCCCUGGUCGUGCUCGCCGUUUUCCGCGAGCGCAACCUUCGACAACCGACCUACGCCCUGAUCGCCGCUCUUGCCGUCACGGACUUAAUCUUUCCCCUUUUCGGUUACCCGCCGUCGAUAUACGCCGUGAUCGUAGAGAAUCGGUACACAUGUUCGAUCGGGACUCGGAAGUAUUUCUUUCUGUUGACAUACACCUGUGCAGCGGCUUCCUUCUUUCACAUCAUAGCAAUCACUUUCGAACGGUAUAUCGGUGUGUUGAAGCCGUUGCGAUACCAUGAUAUCGUUACCAUGAAACGCAUCGUUUUCCUUGAGGUGUUCAUAUGGUUGAUGAGUCUCCUGAUCGGUGCGAGUGCCGUCUUGAAACCAACUGGCACAGAUACCAUGCGGCCCGUCUGCAAGCAAGCAGGUUCAUCGCCCACCUUUUCGUUCGUUUCAUUCAUCCUAUUGACGCUGGGGUUCCUCGUCAUCACUCUCAUAUACCUACACAUCUACCGGAUCGCGAGGGGCCACUGGCAAGAUAUGGAGGCGGAACGAGAAAAAUCCUUUGCCCUGGGAAAUAAAAAACCUCUAAGAUCCGAAAGCCAGAGCAGCAACGACGCCAGACAGUUCAAAGCCACAAAGACAAUCGGCAUCAUCAUUGUUCUCUUUGUCAUAUGUUGGUUGCCGACGGCCACAAGGUACUUCUUCGAAGGAAUAGGAGUAUCCGUCCUGAUCAAUUGGACAACGUGGAUUGUUGUCAAGCGAAGCUCGGAGACAUUCUGGCUAUUGAACGGGGCCAUCAACCCGCUUGUCUAUGCCAGGAGGAACUUGCGGUUUAGGAAUGCUUUCAAAGACAUCAUCAAGUGUUUAGUAAAGAGGUAUACGUGCUCUAAAGAGUCGAAAUCUAGGGAAUGCUAUAUGUAUUCCUCAAAGACUAGACCGUCCUUGUCGUCGAACAUUACACUCGCAUGACCAUGACGACAUGGCAAAAUUAUAAGUUGUGAAGCACAAAGUCUGUGAUGACAUUUCUUAUGACAUGUAGAAUUCACUCACUCUUUAUUGCAUAAAUUAUGGUUGAUCACCCGUCGAUCAAUUUGUAUGAAAUUAUACCACAGGCAAUAAUGGUAUUCGAUGUUUUUUUUCGUACAUAACUCACCGUUCGAUUAUUUCAAUAAUUCAUCGCCAGCUUAUCACCUGAUAACGUAUCUGACACUUUCAAUGCCAUGCAGGCGAGGAUUAUAAAUUCUAAUCAGAUGUGAAAUAUGCAUAAAGUAUAAAAACGGGUGCAACCUCCAGAAGCCGGCGAUUGGCAGGCAACUGAUGAGCUCGCAGUGCACAUUCGUCCGUGAAAAAAAAACUCGACAUACUUCGUUUAAACUUGAAGGAAAAAUGGAAUUCAAAAUCAAUUAAUUCGUAUGAUAAGGGUAUUGAAAUGAUAUAAGAACCGGCGCAAUGUCAAUAAGCUUACGAUUGUGAGUGACAAAAAAGG